GCCACAGUGCUAGCUGUUUCGAAAAUGAAACUGGCUCGUGUUUGACUUCGAGAGGCAGCGGAAAGAAAACGAAAACAAGACGAGUGUUAAAUUUAAAAAAAUCCCACGGAGGUUGACUGCGUGGAAAUGUCACAUUGAGCGGAAUAACCUAACGCUGGAAAUGUUGAAUAAACACCAGAACUGGUAGGAAGAACUGUACUGCAAUGGAGUCUGUAGCGGCGGGCUCAGCUACCUGGUGAGACUGAAGCUGCUGUCACUAUGGCGCACUUUGACACAGAGUACCAGCGCCUGGAGGCGUCCUACAGCGACUCUCCCCCUGGAGAGGAGAACCUGCUGAUGCAUGUGCCUGAAGGAGCCAAAUCCCAAUGGCACCAUAUAGAAAACCUGGACCUGUUUUUCCAGAGAGUCUAUAAUCUGCACCAGAAGAAUGGAUUCACCUGUAUGCUGCUGGGAGAGAUCUUUGAGCUGGUUCAGUUGCUGUUUGUGGUCGGCUUCACCGUGUUCCUGGCUAACUGUGUGGACUAUGACAUACUCUUUGCCAACAAGUUUGUAAAUCACACAGAUUCGUCUAAAGUCACCUUGCCUGAUGCUUUCCUCCCAGUGGACGUCUGCAGCGCUCGUAUCCGAGACAAUGCAUUUGUGAUCUUCGUGCUGAUAAUCUCUGGGGUGUUUUGGCUUCAUCGCAUGGUCAAAUUCAUCUACAACGUGUGCUGCUACUGGGAGAUCAGAUCCUUCUACAUUAAUGCGCUCAAGAUGACCAUGUCAGAACUCCCUUAUGCAACAUGGCAGGAGGUGCAGGCCCGGAUAGUGGAGAUCCAGAAGGAGCACCAGAUCUGCAUCCACAAGAAAGAGCUGACGGAGCUGGACAUCUACCACCGCAUCCUCCGCUUCAAAAACUACAUGGUUGCUAUGGUGAAUAAAUCACUCCUUCCUGUGCGAUUUCGACUUCCUGCACUUGGAGAGUCUGUGUUCUACACACGGGGUCUCAAAUACAACUUUGAGCUCAUCUUCUUCUGGGGACCAGGUUCUUUGUUUGAGAAUGAAUGGAGCCUGAAACCAGAGUACAAGAGAGGAGGGAACAGGCUGGAGCUAGCAGACCGGCUAGCGUCCCGGAUCCUGUGGAUCGGGAUCGCUAAUCUGCUGCUGUGUCCUGUCAUCCUGGUGUGGCAGAUUCUCUACGCCUUCUUUAGUUACACAGAGGUGAUAAAGCGGGAGCCUGGUUCUCUGGGAGCGAGGUGCUGGUCUCUGUACGGUCGAUGUUACCUGAGGCACUUCAACGAGUUGGACCACGAGCUCAUGUCACGACUCAGCAAAGGCUACAAGGCUGCAUCCAAGUAUAUGAACUGUUUCCUCUCACCGCUGCUGACGGUGGUUGCCAAAAAUGUAGCAUUUUUUGCCGGCUCUCUCCUGGCCGUCCUCAUCGCUCUGACGAUCUACGACGAGGACGUUCUGGCCGUGGAACACGUUCUCUCAUCUAUCACUCUGCUCGGUGUCUGUAUCACCGUCUGCAGAUCAUUUAUCCCAGAUAAGCACAUGGUGUUUUGUCCUGAGCAGCUGUUGAGGGUUAUCCUGGCUCAUAUCCACUACAUGCCUGACCACUGGCAGGGCAAUGCACAUAGAUAUGAGACUCGUGACCAGUUCUCCCAGCUUUUCCAGUACAAAGCAGUUUUUAUUCUGGAGGAGCUGAUCAGUCCGGUGGUCACUCCCAUCAUCCUCAUCUUCUGUCUGAGGAGGAAGUCUCUGGAGAUCAUUGACUUCUUCAGGAACUUUACGGUGGAGGUGGUCGGGGUGGGAGACACCUGCUCCUUCGCCCAGAUGGACAUCAGGCAGCACGGACACCCCGCGUGGAUGUCCGAGGGGAAGACGGAGGCGUCUAUCUACCAGCAGGCGGAGGACGGGAAGACGGAGUUGUCUCUGAUGCACUUUGCCAUCACCAACCCUCAGUGGCAGCCUCCUCAGGAGACCACUCACUUCAUCAGCCAGCUGAAGGAGCGCGUCCACAGGGAGGCCACAGGAGCCUCAGACACCCACCCACUGUCCCUGUCAGAGUCUGAGCCGAGGAGCCUGAUAGCGAACCUCUUGGUGGGUCCUUCUACGUCGGUGCAUUUCGGCAGAGACGGCUCUCUGACCAAUCACGCAGCAGCAGGUUUAAGUGACGGGGCGUCUGCUUUACGCUCGCUGUCCCCGAUCAGCAGCAGUCUGCACCUGAGGAGCAGCCUGAGUCACAGGGCGGCUGGCAACACUUCAACCAUGAGCAAAGCCAUGGCCGGCUCUGGGACGGAUGCGAGGACGGUGAGCUCCGGCAGCAGUGCCUGGGAGGGUCAACUCACCAGUUUGGUCCUGUCGGAGUACGCCUCCACAGAGAUGAGCAUCCAUGCACUUUACAUGCAUGAGCUCCACAAGCAGCAGUCCCGUGGCGAGCUGUCCCGCCACACGUGGCACCGCCAGGAGAGUGACGAGAGCAGCGACAGCGUCCCCGAUGAAGUGAGGAGCGAACCCAACCCUCACUCCAGACACUUCCCUCGCUCUCACACCUUCCCCACCACAGUUCCCAGUCCCAGCGCCAUCCCCACCUCAGCUUCAGCCAACAGUAACACCACGGUGGGCCACCAGGGGGCGCCACCACACAGCAGCAGCAGCCAGAGGAGAUACAGCGGCCCUGCUGCAGACUCGUUUGGCUCGGGGGGGAAAGUCGUGCGGUCGGCCCGUGGCGUUCCUAUGGGAGGCUGGGCCGAGGAGGGUCAGACGGCUCCACGCCACCACGAGACUCUACCGGAGGAGAGCUCCGAGGACGACCUGCCUCCUCACAUACACAAGAUCACAUAACCACGUGGAUAAAUAUCAGCGUCCCGACCUCCGUAGAUAUUCAGACACAGACCCUCGUCCCUGACCAAACCUCUCCUCCAGGACGGACCACCAGAUCAGAUGAAGAUGGACGUGUGAUCGCUACGAACACUUAACUAGUGACAUCACCUGGACAAGAUCCACCUGAUGCCACCAUCAAGCUUUCAAACUUCUGACUUAUUAAACGCCUCAACAGGCCAACAGGGUAAACCUCUGAGUCUGAGCAUCAGAAGACCACCUAAAGGAUCAAGUCAUUUCUAAUAGCCGUUGAUUCAAUCAGAUUAAGAUGCACUUUUUUGAUAACAACAUAAGAUCACACACUGAAAGUGCAUGUGUUGCUGGGAUGUGAACAAAAAUGGUGAGUGCAGCUGGAGGAAUCCUUUUUGCUGCUGUCGCUGUAGGAAAACUCUUAACAAUUUGCUCAAAAUAUGGUCACAAUAAUCCUAACUGGGCUGUUUUGUUCCUUUUUUACAAGACACACUGCAAAAAAGGUGU